AUGGAAGAAACCGACUUUGGUGUUGAAAAUAAAAAGAGUUCUUCCGAAGAAAACAUAGAAGAUGAAGUGGCAGAGAAAGGAGCAGAAGAUGACUUUGAAAACUUCGAGUACAGUUUGGCCAAGGAUUUGGAGCACUGUACUACUUGGAGCUUUGGCUUAGUGAUUUACUGGCCAUUCAUGAAGAUUCGACAGCUCUAUCAUUCCCAUCCUCGGAUCCCGCUGUAUUUGGGGAUUCUUUUUGCCAUCGGGCUCCUCAUUUUCGCGAUUUUCGCGAUGGUCAGAAACUUCACUUCGCAUGGAGUUGUUUUCCUCACCCUGGGAGUCCUGGUCGGUCUUUUCAAAGGCUGGGACUGGUUGGACUCUAAGAACAAUUACAAAGGCCCACAGCUGAGUUCAUUCCAGAAAAAGACUCAGUUAGGCAACUGGAUAUUUGGUGGAUUAUUUUUAUGCUUUGCGGUUGCUUAUGCUCUUUGGACUGCUUUUGGCAAGAGCGGAAUGAACCCUCAAAACUUGAUCGGCAUCACGGGCCUGGUUUCAUAUAUUCUUCUAUCGAUCAUCCUGUCCGUUGCGCCUCAUAGAAUCCGAUGGCGGCCAGUUUUCUGGGGCAUCGGAACUCAGUAUAUCGCCGCAGUCAUCGUUCUCCACACAGAAUGGGGCUACGCAGCAUUCGAGUGGCUAGGAGAAAUCAUUUCGAAGUUCGUUUCCUACGCUGCUUUUGGGGUCGAUUUUCUCUUUGGAGAAUCCUUUCCAACCGACAACUUUGCCUUCGCAGUGCUACCGAUCAUCAUCUUUUUCUCCAUGGUCACGAGCAUGCUCUACUACGUCGGUUUCUUACAGUACAUUAUCAAAAAACUCGCAUGGCUCUUCUCCUAUUUCUUCGGGACAACUGGACCGGAAAGUAUGACGACAGUAGGGAACAUGUUCUUGUCAAUGACGGAGUCGCCACUUUUGAUCAAGCCGCACAUUGAAAACCUCACAAACGCGGAAAUUUUCGCCGUCAUGACGGCCGGUUUUGCCAGCAUUGCUGGAUCCGUUCUCGGCGGAUACAUCGCACUGGGGAUUUCUGCCGCUCAUUUACUGACAGCUACAGUCAUGAGCGCGCCGGCAGCCUUGGCCAUCGCGAAGAUAAUGCACCCGGAAGUGCAGGUCUCUAGAUAUGCGGGAGGAAAAGUGGCGGAAAGUGAAAAACUCGACGCUGGAAAUGUCAUCGAAGCUGCUUCUCGUGGAAUUUCAGAUGCAAUCAUGGUCGUUAUGAACGUCGCGGCAAAUCUUCUCGGAUUUGUGGCGAUUCAAAAUUUACUCGAUGAUAUUUUGGCCUGGCUUGGAAACUCGGUUGAUCAACCAGGAUGGAGCUUUUCGGGACUUCUUGGCUACAUCUUUUAUCCAUUCGUAAUCGUGAUGGGAAUCGAGCCCGGAGAUGCAAUUGCUUCAGCUAGAUUGGUCGGAACAAAGACGUUUUUCAAUGAAUUUAUAGCAUUUUUGGACCUUUCGGAGAUGAUCAAACUCAGAGAAUCAGGCGCUUGCAAAUGCUCUGAUUCCGGCCAAGUUCAAUGGCUCAAUCAACGCUCCGAAGCCUUGGUCACUUACGCCCUUUGCGGCUUCUCAAACUUCGCCUCUGUCGGAAUCAUGAUUGGUGCCAUGAGCUCUCUCGCCCCAAAAAGAGCUCCUACUUUCGCAAAACUGGCUGUGAGAGCGCUUGCUGCAGGAACGAUUGCAUGUCUUUGCACUGGCUGCAUGGUCUCAAUUUUCUCAAAUGUCGCUCCAUUCCCCCUUAUCGAUUUUGACGGAAGUUUGAGUAGAAGUGCUACCAGUAAAACUGUCCAGGUCGAUGAUGGAACCGGCCCAGUUCCAAUUCCAGAAGCUCUUGCCGGCUCUGGCAUCACCUCUGCCGGAUGCAAUACACAAGAUGCCGACUUUGGCUACCCCGACUGCAUGCCUUGGACUGUCUACAACGGUAAAAUCCUCUUCCGACUGUCCGGCUACGAAUAUGGCCGAGCAAGAGCUAACGAAGCUUGUCAAGCGAUGGGUGGCUGGCUCGCCAUCCCUUUUACUGAGCAAGACAAUCAAGACAUCAACAACUUUCUUGACGCUGCUCUUGGUGAACCUAACGAUCUGGUGCUUGCUGGCGCGACGGCUGGAACUGAAUCAUGGUUCGCUCCGAUGGCCAAUAUCGAAGUCGUCAAUGGUGUCCAGCAGCUCAUGUGGUUCGGACAGCAGUGCAAAGGAUUCCAUCUUUGUACCCAUUUUCGAGACAAGCCCUCAGCUGGUUUUUGGGAUGAUUGUCCGGAUUGUGCUCAAUGUGAUAGUAACUGCCCUGAUAUCCCCGUCUACACCUACACAGGUUUUUCUCCAAAUGACUCUCCACAGCCCCACUGCAUGAUGUACAAGAUUCUGGCCGAUCCAUCUGUCACUUUUGGCAACGAAUUUUACUGGAACGAAGCUAACUGCGAUCGAAAACUCCCGGCUCUCUGUGAAAUCGAUUUCAAAGAAGUCGGCUGCAAUGCUUUUGGCAUGGAGAAUAUCUCUUCUCCUAAAUGGAAAGUUGACUGUACGACCUACGAGUACUGUGAUGCUGGAACCAUUGUCAUGGAAAGCUGUCCUCCAGGAACUCUUUUUAACCAAUUUGCUGAUCCACCAGAUUGCCAGGAUCCAUCUCUUGUUGAAGACUGUAACGUCGACGAGUGCGAGACUGGUGAAGCAACAUGCGAUCCAGUUGGAAUCUGUGAAGAUACCAUCGGCUCAUAUGAUUGUUCCUGUGGUCCAGGAUUCAUCGAAGUUGAAGCAAAUGCCACUCUUCCAGAUAACUCAACAGCCGAUUCUCAUACCUGCUGGGACAUCAACGAGUGCGACGACCCAACACUUUUCGAAUGCGUCAUCGAUUCUGGUUGUUCAAACACCAUUGGCUCGUACGAGUGCAUUUGUGAUCAAUGGCUUGCUCCUUCGGCCCUUGAUGCUGACGGAAACCCCGUAAGCUGCAUCGACGAUGAUGAAUGUACUCGGCCAGAUUCUUGUGGACCAAAUACUGUUUGCGCGAAUACCUUCCCUGGUUAUUAUUGCUCCUGUGCGAUGGGAUUCUACGAUGAGGGAUCAGAAACUGAACAAGGUGCUUGGGAUCGAAUCGAUAACGGUGUUCUUGUCAACGAGAACUCAACCUACAUUCCAAUGGUCAACGGCUCUAUCAUCAUUGGCGACGGAACAAUUUGCGUUGAUGCUGACGAGUGCGAUGCUGAACGAGAUGCCUGUCCAGCAGAAAAACUCAAUGUUUGCACGAACACUCCGGGAUCUUUCGUCUGUGAAUGCGCUCCGGGAACUCGAUACAUCAACCAAACUGUCUCCGAUGAAUGUGAAGAUAUCGACGAGUGCACUGAGCUUACUUUUGUCUGUGACCCUAACGCUGCUUGUGUUAACGACAUCAUGGACUACCUCAAGCUGAUCGCUGGAGAUUUGGUCACUUAUCACUGUGAAUGCAGACCUGGUUUGAAUGCCACGGAUGUUGACGGCUUUGAGUAUCAAAUUUGUGAAAAUGUCGAUGAAUGUGCUCAGCCAGAUAACAGUACAUGGGCUGACAUUUGUGGCGAUUAUGCAAUCUGCACUGAUGCUUAUCCUUACUAUUUCGAAGCUGACCCGGUUGCUGGAACUGAUGCCUAUCAACAAGUUCCUUACACUUGCAGCUGCCCAGAGGGUUUCAUCGUGAAUGAGACGAACUCAGACCUUCCACCUUUCAGCGAAUUCGCUCCUCAUGAAGAACAAUAUGCUUUCACUUGUUCAGAUAGAAACGAGUGCGACUUUGACAAAUACGGAUCCUACUUCUGUGAUUUAAACAAUGCUGAUGGCUGUGGAAACACAAUAGGAAGUUUUUACUGCAGUUGCCGAGAAGGUUACGGAAACACUGCUAGCGGAGGUUGUGGAGACAACAACGAGUGCUCGGAUGAAGGACUCAUGUACACCUGCGAAGGAGCGAAUCCUAACUGCACCAGAGGUAUCGAUUGCGUUCAAUGCGUGAACACGGCCGGUAGUUACAUUUGCGGAUGUAACGAAGGAUGGGAUUUUGUCGGAAGCUACGCGAACCAUCAACGUCUUGAAGCACUUCCUCUUGCCAAUUGUACUCUUUGUGAUGACUGGGACGAAGCUGUCAAUGGAUCAUGCACUCUUUGUGGCCCUAUGUGCGUCAACUACAACGAAUGUCUCAACGGCCAAUCAGAAUGUGGUGUCGGCUGGACAUUGACUGGCAUUCUUACCGGUGACAAUGUCACGUGUACUGAUACAACUGGUUCAUACUACUGCACUUGCCCCGAAGGAUUUUACACAGCUGAUUUCAACACUUUCGACAAUCCCCUCUUCGGAGAAUAUCCUCCAAGAACUGGCGAAAAGAAUCCGAACGGCGGAUAUGACAAGAAAUGCUACGACAUCGAUGAGUGUAAAUAUAACAUGUGUGGUCAGCCGAACCAGCUGUGCUUCAACAAUAUUGGUUCCUAUGAGUGUGGCUGCGCAAAUGGCUACGAACCCACUACUUACUGCGUCUGGGAAGGACUUGCUAAUGAGACUUGCAUUGAAGUUUGCAUUGAUAUCAAUGAAUGUGACGACAAUUCUACUUGUAUUCAUACUGCUACUGGUUCAGACACAUGUACUAAUACUGAAGGAAGUUACAUCUGCGAGUGCGGAGCUGGAUACAUUCAGCAUACCAAUCUCACUGUGAAUGUUGAAGAGGGCGAUGAUGCUGGUACAGUUUACAAUAUCACCAACUAUCUUCAGUGCGAAGACAUCAAUGAGUGCGACGACUACACAUCCUACUGUCACGUUGACUCUAAUUGUAACAAUACUGAUGGAUCUUACUCCUGCUGGUGCGAUGAUUGGCGGUUCAUAGACGUUUAUGGAAACGGAACACUUUGUGAAGAUCUCGACGAGUGUCAAGGUUAUAAUGCUUGCAAUGCAACAACUGGCUCAGAAUGCCACAAUCAUUAUGGCGGCUACACUUGUCUCUGCGCAGAUGGAUACCGACCGGACGGCACUUACAAUGUCACAGUUGCCAACUCGAUUUGUGAAGAUAUUCCUGAGUGCGAGGAACAGGUCGAUACUUGCGUUACCGAUCCGCAUGAGGACACUGAAUCAUUCCCUUGGACUCUCGAAGAGCCUUACUGCAGUAACAGCUCGGAUAUUGCUGCUAAUAAUCGAUGCGGAUUGCAAGCAAGUUGUAAGAAUACACCGGGAUCUUUCGAGUGCACUUGUAACUACCCAUACACCUUCGGAGACGGUAUUGCUGGAGGUGUUGGAACAGGCUGUAACUACCCUCGCGAAUGUAUCCUCGGACAACAUACUUGCCCGUCUAUGGCUGAUGUUCAAUCUCGCCAUCCUGAUAUUGUCUUCGAAGCUGAACCAGUUGAGUGCUACGAACAGCCGUAUUUCUACCAGUGCCGAUGCACCACUGGCUUCUUCCCUCUUCCAGAUGGGCAAACCUGCGACACUUUUGAUUUUGCUCCAUACGCUGAUGAGAUCGCAGAAUACGAAAAUAACCAAAAAGGACUUUGGUGUGACGACUACAACUACACUAUUGGUGGCGACGGAGUUGUGAAUGAGACAGUUGUUUACUACGCUUAUGGUUUCUCUGGAAAUGGCUUUUUGCUGUCCGAGGUCGGUGGAACCGCUUGUGGAAACCAGAACGAAUGUCUCGAUGGCAGCCACAAUUGCGAUACUAACAGCUCUGCUAUUUGUAUGGACUCUUCUGGAGGAUUCACAUGUUCAUGCCCUAGUGGUACCACUGGAGACGGAGUCAAGGUCUCUGAAGGUGGCUCAAGCUGUGUUGACAUAGAUGAAUGUGCUGAUUGCAGCACUGGCGGCGCUGGUUGCCCAUGUAGCCAGAAUGGAAACUGCACCAACACUUUCGGUUCUUUCUCCUGUGCUUGUCUCGCUGGAUUCUCCGGCGAUGGUAAGACAUGUCUUGAUAUCAAUGAAUGUCAGACAGACAAUGGCGGCUGUGAUCCAGUCAACGGAGAAUGUAUCAAUACACAACCUGGCAACGAGUGCAAGUGCUCUGAGGGAUGGACUGGAGAUGGAGUUACCUGUACGAAUAUCAACGAGUGCGACCUGGUGCCAAAUCCUUGCGUGAAUAAGACUCAUUCAACUUGCUCGGACAACGACGGUUCUUACGACUGCAUCUGCGAUACCGGCUACCUCGACGUUGCUGACCAGUGUCAGGAUCAAGACGAAUGUAUCAUGGACCCGAGCACUCUUCCAUUCUCCUGCUCAGCUUCCGAUCCUACUUUCAACAAGUGCGUGAACACCGACGGUUCUUACGAGUGUCAGUGUAUCACCGGCUACACCGAUGUCGCCGGAACAUGUACCGAUGAUGAUGAAUGCGCUGAUCCUUCAAGUUGCCAGGCAAACGCUGACUGCACGAACUUGCCUGGAACAUUCGAGUGUAACUGUGCCUCUGGAUACCAAGACUCCAUCGAUCAGACCGAGUGUGUCGAUGUGAAUGAAUGCAUUGCUUGUUACCAAGGAAGCCCAAGCUGCCCUUGUGGAGCAAACACCUGGUGCACAAAUGAAGAACCCGGAUUCGUCUGUACCUGCCUCCCUGGCUACGAUUUUGCCUCAAACGGUGUCGACUGUGAAGACAUCGACGAAUGCACUGAAAACGCUCAUGAUUGCGGCGACCACGAAGUUUGCUCAAACGAGCCCGGAGGAUUUUCGUGCCCAUGCGAAGAUGGUUACUCAAAGUCAACAACAGGAGAUGAUACAUGUGUCGAUACGAAUGAGUGCAUUCCAUGUGAUUCUGAUCCUCGAGAUUUCUUCAAUUGUCCUUGCCCGAAUACCGCCUCUUGUGUCAACACCGAUGGAGGCCACGAGUGCUGGUGCCCACUUGGAUGGUGGAUGUCAGAGGACGAAUGCGUCGACGUCGAUGAAUGUGACGCUCCGGAAUACCUUGCCGCUCAGACCUACUGGGACGAUGCUGCCGCUGCCGAAGCUGGUGGAGACUUCCACGAGGCUGGCAUGACUCGACGAUCUGCUGACGAUCCAAAUGCUGGAUGCUCUGAUCUCGAGAAUUGCUUGAACAACGACGGAUCAUUCACCUGCGAAUGCAUCGAAGGAUACCAGCGAAUCGUCAACACAACUGACUGCGAGGACAUCGAUGAAUGCUCACAAAACUUCCCACUUGACUGCGUCAACAUUGAGGGCAGUUACACUUGCGUCAUUCCUCCAGGACUUGUUCUCGACGGCAAGAUCGUGCUUGAGUGGCUCAUCGAGCUCCAAGAACAGCUCAAUAAAAACAACACCAACACUUUGAAUAACAACCAGACUAUUGACGCUCAAUUUUUCAACAACACCGGCAGCGGAACAACUACGCCUGGUCCUGAUAUUGGAAUAAACGACUUCAAUAGUUCAGAUUCUUUCACAUCAACCCUUCCUCCAGGAGUGACCAAUCCUCCGCAACCACCACCAAGCAACAACACUGGCGAUAAUGGCGAAGGUGAGACUUCUGGCGAUCCUCACGUCCGAGUCAGUACUAAAUUCGGAACGCCGAUUUGCUUCAAUUUCCAUGGUGAUAACGGGCGAUUCGUCGAUCUUCUGUCAGAUCCGGUCACGAACUUCGAGGUCAAUGCGGAAAUCAAAUCCACAGGGGCUAUCACUCGCUUUAUUGCUGUAGGCUUGGUGUACUCAAACGGUGGGGUGACUCAUACGAUCAAAUGCGACGAAGAUGGAGUCGUGAUUCAGAAUAACGGGGAAACUGUUGGUACUUAUCCUUACGCAGAUACUUCCAUCCGAAAUCAUGGAGAUAUUGAGCUCUCUGACAACCCUGGUCAUCGAGCAGGAGUCACGAUCAAGAUCCAAAACGUCGCCGAGUUCGUUGUCACCUUCAAGGACCGAAACCACAAAAAGGCCGACAAAGGUGUCUUUAUCGAUGACAAUCAUUCCAUGGGUUUCCGAACUGUCAACACUGACGGUAUCUCUCAUGCAGCUACUGGUAUCAUCGGACAGUUUAUCACACCUUUCGCUUAUGAUACGAUCGAGGACACAAGCCCCAACUUCGUUGUCUUCCAUAACCGUCACGUCCCCGCAGAGCAGGAGUUCUUCCAUGGCCUUGACUACUGCAUGAAAGUUCAAGACGCUCUCAUCCCAACUCUACUCGGAAACGAAAUAAGCGCAUACUAUUCUGAAAGUCUUUUUGGCGUCAAUGAUCCAGCAAAUAUGAUGGAUAUCAUGAGCUAG